AUGCCUCUGGAGCAAGGAAGAAUUGCUUCAUUUCUUCAUUUUUUGUCCAUUUUUUUUCCUUUUUUGUUCAAUUUAGUUCAUCUAUUUCUUUUAUUUUGUUUUAUUUCUUUUAUUUUGUUUUAUUUGGCUUUUUUUGGCUCUUUUUGGCCCUGUUUUGCCCAAUUUCACGUUAUUUCCUUCCCGUUUUGCAAGCUUAGCAUGCCUCUGGAGGAAGAGUUAUGGCGUUUCCUCGCUUUUUGUUCAUUUUUUCUCCUUUUUUGUUCAACUGAAUUCAUUUAUUUCGUUUAUUUUGUUUUAUUUAUUUUAUUUUACUUUAUUUCGUUUUAUUUGACUUUUAUUCGGCUUUAUUUCGUCUUAUUUUGGCCUUUUUUUGCCCGAUUUUGCUUCAUUUUCCUUCUGUUUUGCAAGUCAGGAGCAGGAAAGAACUGCGGCACUGCUUUGGUUUUUUGUUCAUUUUUUAUCAUUUUUGGUUCAUUUUAUUUCUUUUAUUUCAUUUAUUUCGUUUUGUUUCAUUUAAUUUGUUUUAUUUCAUUUAAUUUGUUUUUAUUUCAUUUAUUUUGUUUUUAUUUCAUUUAUUUUGUUUUAUUUUGCUUUUUUUGGCUUUAUUUCGCCCCAUUUUGGCCUCUUUUGCUUUAUUUGGCUUCCAAGUCCAACAUGCCUCUGCAGCAAGAAAGAACUAUCUGCUUCUUUUUUCUUUUCCAUUUUUAUUUCAUUUUACUCCUUUUAUUUCAUUUAUUUCGUUUUAUUUCAUUUUAUUUCUUUCAUUUCGUUUUGUUUCAUUUAUUUCGUUUUUAUUUAAUCGAUUCUUUUAUUCAUUUAGUUUGGUUUCAUUUCAUGUAUUUUGUUUUAUUCAUUUAUUGGUUUUAUUUCAUAUAUUUUGUUUUAUUCAUUUAUUUUAUUUCUUUUCACUUCCCGAAUUUCCCUUUAUUUCGCUUUAACUCUACAGUGCACGCCCCGCCUUUGCCUCUGCUGCUGCUGCUGUUGCUGCUGCUGCUGCUGCUGCUGCUGCUGCUGCUGCUGCUGCUGCUGCAGAGCAGCGGGGGCAGCGUGGAGUAUUUGCACAACCACAACAACAAGCCCUUCAUUAGGGGAGGCGAUUUUGGCCUUCGGAAGUCCAAAGGCGAACAGCCCAUGCAGCUCCAGUACUCCAGGGCCUUCGGUGGCAAAGACCUGAAGACCUACGGGCUGAGUGCGGAGCCCGACGUGCGCGUGCUGCGGCUCAGCAGCAGCCACAAGUUGAUGGUGUUGGCCACUGACGGCCUCUGGGACGUUCUCUCCGCCACGCAGGCCGUGCAGAUUGCCUGGGACGCGCAGCAGCAGGGCGAAAACCCGGCAGAGUCGCUGGUGCAGCACGCGCUGGCGGACCAGCAGCAGAGCGGGCACUGCGCGGACAACAUAACGGCGAUGGUGGUUUUCUUCAAGUCUUAA